UGCUCGACCUCUUCAUGUCAUGUCUUGCAAUCAGGAUAUGAUAUUCCGUCUGUUGGAUCGCAAUUCCAGGGGAGGUUAUCGUGUCAAGAUAGUGGAAACUGGUUUCCUUUAGACGCUUUUCCUGACUGCAUAGUUUCGACUUUACCUUGGUUAAAUCUACCAAUGGAAUUGUACUAUGACGGAGACUGCAAUGACAAUGACACAAAAACACAGAUAAAAGAACAGGUUUUAGUCUACUUAGCCGGAGUAGAAGCCGAUGUCGACAACUCUAUAUGUCCCGACAACAACACGUGCAAAAUAGAAAAUUUAGACGUUGUCUGCGGUGAAACUGCAAGAAGAAGACGGAAAUCUGUAACUUCACAUGAUAUCUACAAACGUAAUGCUUACGGUUUAAUAAGGUUCAAUGUUAAGAAGAAAUGGGAACAAGGGGAACGGUCAGCACAGGACGCUUACACGGAGAUUUUAAGUGAUCUGAACAGUAUUGCAGAUGAAAUAGAGCAAGAUGCUCAUGACGGUAUUAUGUUAAACGUACAGGGUUUAACUUUACCAGUUGACGGCGUAACGAGGGGUACCGCGGAUUUGUCUUGCAAUCCUGGAUACAAAGUGGAUACAGGGAGUUUGUCAUGUAAGCCCUGUCCACUUGGGUUUUACUUGGACUCUGAUACAGGGAACUGUGAGUUCUGUAAGAUAGGAGAAUAUAUGGACCAUGAAGGGGCUAGCCAAUGUGAUUUAUGUCCAGAAGGUUACAGUACUUUGGAUACUGGUGCCAAAGAUAUUAACAAGUGCUUAAAAAUAUGUAGUCCUGGGUAUUCUUCAACUACAACAAUGGAACCAUGUUCAGCUUGUCCAAUUGGCACUUACCAACCAGAAGAAGGUAAAUCUAGCUGUCUUUCAUGUCCAGCUGGAAAAGCCACUAGUCAAACAAGCAGCACCUCUGCAGAUGAUUGUGACUUCUUUGAUGUGUUCGUAAAUGGUUUAGACGGAAGGACAGUUAUAGGUUCGUUUACGGCUGAUAAGCUUUCUGUCGUGACUAUGUCUGUUUGGCUGAAAGUAUUUGAUGACUUAAAUGAAGAGGUGACAAUCUACAUUGCUGAUUCCAACGGUGAUAUACUAACUCUGCGGGUAGCCAAUGAGAUCUCAAUACAGGUUGGAUCAGGAAAUGUUGCUUUGACAAAUGUAAGGUUGUCAUCCACCCAUUGGACUCAUAUCAUUUGUAAAAUUGAUAUAGCAUCUGGCAACCAGCAGUUAUACGUGGCAGGUUUAUUGGAGGUGGAUGAGGGGGGAAUUACAAUGGACCAGUCACGCACAAUAUCUUUUGGAAGUAUUGGAAUAGUUGCGGAUUCUAAUGGGGUGUAUGUGUCGGGAUUAGCCCUUUAUGGUCGCGCACUUACGGCUGAUGAUAUUGCGUCAUUAUCAGAGACAUGCGCAGUAACACACAGUGAUGAAGUAUUUUCAAUGACAGAAAUUUUGCCAUAUGUUAAAGACGGCAUUGCUAUUAUAACACCAACCUCAUGUGACCCGCUUGAUGAAUGUGCUAGCAACCCAUGUGGGGAUCAUACUUGCGUGAACCUGGUAAACGAUUUCUCGUGCAUUUGUCAUGGAGGAAUGACUGGGGAUUUAUGUGACGUACCUCCAGAUUACUGCAUUAACAACCGGUGUAUUCAAGGUGAUUGUCAGUCUGGCAAUGGAACGUAUAGCUGCUCUUGUAAUAAUGGAUAUACCGGUGUGUUGUGUGAUAUACCUCCAGUAAAUGGAGGCUGGAGUCAGUGGGGUGAAUGGAGCGGAUGUGGCGUCACCUGUGGCGGCGGUCUUAAUACUAGGUCAAGGAACUGUAAUAAUCCAACUCCAUCUCCUUAUGGCAAUGAUUGUGAAGGAGAUAACACAGAAUCUGCUACUUGUAAUGACCUAGCAUGUCCAACUUGUCCAGGCCUAAGAAGAAAGAUUGGAACAGUAGUGAACUGCCGGAAUGUGUCAAACACUCUGCAGAAAUGUAACAUGACCUGUCUUCCUGAUAAGGCUUUGCCUAAUGGACAGACCAAUUUUGUUGAAUACACAUGUGGUGAUUCAACAGGCCACCAAUGGCUUCCAAUAAACAAAGUCCCAGAAUGUGUCCAAUUAAGUCGACCUGAUUUCUUCGGGACACAAGCAACUGUGGACUACACUCAGCCGGUUCCCGCAUCUGCCCAAACUGAUUUUAUUGCAGCAGUUGAAAAUAAUUUAUCUGGAGUUGGUUGUAUUUCUAACAAUGCGUGUACAAUUACAACAACGGUUUCCAGUGUCAACCAAAAUCGCAAAAGAAGAACAUCAUCUACAACAUUAGCGAUGCAAUUCUCUAUCCAACUAACUGAUACAGACAGUUUAGACCUAGCAGAUUAUCUUACUAGCGGAACAGAAACAUCUGCCAUGACUGAGUUACUUGAGGCACUUUCUUCAAUUAACGAAGUUAUUGAAUUUAUGCAAAACAACACAGCAACAAUAUUUCAAGUUACGGUCGACAGUGUUGAGUAUACACUGGAAAGUACUUCAGUAGAUUUUGUAGCCACUGUUACAUGUCCGAGCGGAUAUGCUGGUGCAGAUGGACUAUGUGCACAGUGUCCAGUGGGAACCUACCUUGUCGACUUCCAGUGUAUCAGUUGCGAAGUAGGAACCUACCAACCUUUGGUUGGUCAGAGUGAAUGCGUAUCUUGUCCUUCCGGAUAUACCACGUCAACAUACGGUUCUUCGGAUAUAUCUGAAUGUUCUGAAGAAAAAGAAGAAGAAGAUGAUGAUGAUGAUGACGAUGAUGACGAUGAUGAAGACAAAAAGAAAGACAAGGACAACAAAACAACUAUAAUCAUUGUUGUGGUCGUCGUCUGUAUAGUUGUUUUUGUACCAUCCAUUCUUGUUGUCAGCUUUUGUUUGUGGAAAUACGUUGACAGACGACGAUUCAGAAAGAAGGGGACUAACGGAAGCUUUGUCAGCCUUAAUAUGGUACGCUCAGCGUCCACUCUUUCAGAAGCCGAUGUCAACUGUCAUACGAAAUUCAACACGAAAGGCACUUCUAUGGCCGAACCUAACAAUUAUGUUGAAACCCCAAUUGAGAAAGGUGCCUUUUAGGACGUAUCACUGCAUUAUGAAAAUCUUGACUUGAAUAAAUGCACCUAAAAUUGACUCUUAAAAUACAAAAUUAAAUUUGUAUUUACAACAAUGCAGCAAGGAAAUUGCAUAGCUUUAAAGAAAAGAUCAUCAAGAGCUGUUGUUUUUCCCCGUUCAUACAUGUUUGUGACAACUUAAGAAUACAGUAUACAGAAUAGGUGUUCGUUUGAUCACCAUGAUACUUUUAGUAAGUCGUUUGAUUGUUUAUCAAUGUUGAUUUUCUUGUUGAAUAAUAUCUAAUUAUCAUUAUUUUACUUGUCGUUUUGUUGUGUUUAUUUUUUUUUUUGCUUGUAGUUAACUGGUGAUUAUAAUAUUAAUCAGAGUAUAGAAUGUUUCAAUAAAACCUAAACCAUAUCUUUAUUUCUUUGGCCUUUUGAUAAUAUAUACAGUAACAUUGAGUUAGUACUUUGUAUAGAAGUCAAAAUACAUUUUGCUACUUUUAUUACAAAUUACUUGAUACCCUUUUGUCGUCAUGUGAUUAGCACCUAACCUGGUAUAAAACGAAUUAUAUCAUUAAUUAAAAGUACAAUUUUGCCAGUUCGACGGAAAAAAGUUUUAUUCAUUUUAAGGCUUUAUGUGCCGUUGAUAUACUAUAAAAUAACUUGUAAUUCAAUUUUGUAGAUGUGUUAUUCUAUACUUAAACAAAUGUGAUAGAAAAUACUGAAAUAGACGUAGUUAAUAUGAAUAAUGCAUUGUUCUUAUAUCAAAACAUGUACUUAUAUUUCAACAUUCAUAAUUGAUAAAACAGUUAUCUUGCUGUGCAAUCUGAAUCACUUAAUAUAGAAACAGAAAUACACCAAUUAGAUAUCAAAGCGUUUCUUGCUGAAUUUACCAUGUAGUAUAUAGGAUUUUUGUGAAUCCGAUAUUACACCUAUGACAACAAAUUCUAUUUCUUUAUUUGAAUUUCACAAACCAGUACGUAUCAUCAUACAAUACAUAUGCAUUAUAGUAAAUAUUCGAUCAGCAAAAAAACGCUUUUAUGUUGUCAAAAAUUAACUAUUGAUUUCAUUAACGAUAAAAAUUUAUUUUUUACAUUUUUUUACAAAUCUAUCGAAACACCAUUUUAAAAGCAUAAUAAAGAAUUAAUCAAGUACAAAUGCAAGAGCUGGUAACAAGAGGUUAAUUCAUAACAUACUAGGAAUCAACCCGAUAUAUGAAUAAUGGACCCGACGAUUUAAAUUUAUUCCAGGCAAACAAUCAUAUUCAGAUCGUCUUUGACGUGAAUUAACGUCUUCAACACAUUUAUUGGUAGAUGCGAAAGUAGCUCAUCCUUAAGUCUCCUACCGAUUCAACCUGAGGGGACUUAAGGUUUACCCUCUGUCCAUCAGUCCGUCUGAAAAUAGUACUGAAAAUAUUUUUUAUGAAACUUGAAAUAUGGGGGUAGAUGGCAGUCUGGAUAUCCCGAUAUAAUGCACUUUUUUUCUUCUUAUUGGGAAAAAUGUGGUUGCUUUGGCAACAAAUUGACUUAAAAUAUGGCAAAUAUAACAAUGUUUGUGAUAACUCAUGAUAACUGUGAUACUUGCUUGUUUAAAAAUCUUUUAUAUUUCUGUCGUUUAAAAUUCUACUAAUUUAAAGCUCAGAUGUUGAGUUACUGUCCUGUCUUGGUACAAAGGUCAGUAGAAUUAAAGUCGUAUUUUUUUCAUUUUGUUUUAUAUUGUUGUGGUUUUCGUUUUUACUUUUAACUUUUAUUUUAUUAUUGUUUGUGUGUUUUUAUGAUGUUUUUUGUAUUGUUGUUGUUGUUGUAGUUGGGUUUUUUAGUCAAUAUAAAACUUUGAAAUGUUA